CCUCCACCACCUCAAGCCCGCGCGCUAGCUAGCUAGCCGCAUCCUCCGCGGAGGGCACACUCUCGCUCCGUGCCUACGAGUCAGCGAGACCGCGCGGCGCGCGCGCAGCUAGAAAAUGGGGGUGGCUGAGGGGCAGGAGAAGGCCGGCGCCGCCGCCUUCAACCUCGCCGAGUCCGGCUACGGCGACCGGCCCGACCUCGACGACGACGGCCGCGAGAAGCGAACAGGGACGCUGGUGACGGCGAGCGCGCACAUAAUCACGGCGGUGAUCGGGUCCGGCGUGCUGUCGCUGGCGUGGGCGAUAGCGCAGCUGGGGUGGGUGAUCGGGCCCGCCGUGCUGGUGGCCUUCUCCGUCAUCACGUGGUUCUGCUCCAGCCUCCUCGCCGACUGCUACCGCUCUCCCGACCCCGUCCAUGGCAAGCGCAACUACACCUACGGCCAAGCCGUCCGAGCCAACCUUGGAGUAGCCAAGUACCGGCUCUGCUCGUUGGCGCAGUACAUCAAUCUGGUCGGCGUCACUAUUGGCUACACCAUCACCACGGCCAUCAGCAUGGGGGCGAUCAAACGGUCCAACUGCUUCCACCAGAACGGCCACGAUGCAGCCUGCUUGGCGUCUGACACGACCAACAUGAUCAUAUUUGCAGGAAUCCAGAUCCUCCUCUCCCAGCUGCCGAAUUUUCACAAAAUUUGGUGGCUCUCCAUUGUCGCUGCUGUCAUGUCACUGGCCUACUCGACCAUUGGACUUGGCCUCUCCAUUGCAAAAAUUGCAGGUGGGGCACACGCCAAGACAACACUCACAGGGGUCACUGUUGGAGUGGACGUGUCUGCAAGUGAGAAAAUCUGGAGAACUUUCCAGUCCCUUGGUGACAUUGCCUUUGCAUACUCCUACUCCAAUGUCCUCAUAGAAAUUCAGGACACGUUGCGGUCGAGCCCGGCGGAGAACGAGGUGAUGAAGAAGGCGUCGUUCAUCGGCGUGUCGACGACGACGACGUUCUACAUGCUGUGCGGCGUGCUGGGGUACGCGGCGUUCGGCAACCGCGCGCCGGGGAACUUCCUCACCGGCUUCGGCUUCUACGAGCCCUUCUGGCUCGUCGACGUCGGCAACGUCUGCAUCGUCGUGCACCUCGUCGGCGCCUACCAGGUGUUCUGCCAGCCCAUCUACCAGUUCGUCGAGGGCUGGGCGCACUCGCGGUGGCCGGACAGCGGCUUCCUCAACGCCGAGCGCGUGCUCCGCCUGCCGCUCGGCGCCGGCGACUUCCCCGUCAGCCCGUUCCGGCUGCUCUGGCGCACGCUCUACGUCGUGCUCACCGCCGUCGUCGCCAUGGCGUUCCCCUUCUUCAACGACUUCCUCGGCCUCAUCGGCGCCGUCUCCUUCUGGCCGCUCACCGUCUACUUCCCCGUCCAGAUGUACAUGUCUCAGGCCAAGGUGCGCCGCUUCUCGCCGACGUGGACGUGGAUGAACGUGCUCAGCUUCGCCUGCCUCGUCGUCUCCCUCCUCGCCGCCGCCGGCUCCAUCCAGGGCCUCAUCAAGUCCGUCGCCCACUACAAGCCAUUCAGCGUCUCAUCAUGAUCACUGACAUCUCAUCAAUCCAUCCAUGAAUCCAUAUGUUUGCACACAUGUUCAUGUACUGAUGAUCCAUCGGUGAACAAAUCAAAACUUAUAUAUAUAUAGCGAGAUCGAUCGAGCAGAUGCAGGCACAGUGAUCAUCAAGAUCAUGAAUGAUAGAUACUGCUGCUACAUAAUUAACCAGAUAUAUAUAUUAGCUGCGUCCAUGCAUGUGCCGUGUGUGUGAUCCUCAGAUCGAGUUUAGACAGGUUAAUUAAUCUGAGAUGAGUCUCGGUCAAGUGUGUCAGGUGUGAUGUAACUAUGUGGGGUAAGUGGUAAUUAAGUCUAGCCUGAUGAUGAUCAGUCUGAAUGGAUGUAAGGGGUAAAUUUGACGUCAAUGUAACAAUUAAAGUAGCUAGUUGUCAUCAGUAUGAACAGCAAUAAGAAGUUAACAGCUUUCAGUUGACUA